AUGCACUUGCUUAGGAGGAUGAUUAAACAGAAGAACAUCUUCAAACGAUUGUUAAAACAACACUUGUCUUCACAUGAAGCCAAUGUUGAGAACACCAAAUUGUUUAAUUUUAAAGAUUUGGACAAGGCCACUGACCAUUUUAAUGUGAAUAGAAUACUUGGCCAGGGAGGACAAGGCACUGUUUACAAAGGUAUGUUGGUGGAUGGAAGAAUCGUUGCUGUGAAAAAGUGCAGAGUAAUUGAUGAAGGAGAACUCAAAGAAUUCAUUAAUGAAGUUGUCAUUCUUUCACAAAUUAACCACAGGAAUGUGGUUAAGCUGAUUGGUUGUUGUUUGGAGACCGAAGUUACUCUUCUAGUUUAUGAAUACAUUCCUAAUGGAACGCUUUUCCAAUAUGUUAACGGACAAAUUGAGGAGUUUCCACUAACAUGGAAUAUGCGCUUGCGAAUUGCAACUGAAGUAGCAGGAGCUCUCUUUUACUUACACUCAGCAGCUUCCUCGCCCAUUUAUCAUCGGGAUAUUAAGUCUACAAACAUACUCUUAGAUGAAAAGUACAGAGCUAAAGUAGCUGAUUUUGGGACUUCAAGAUCCAUCACUGUUGAUCAAACUCACUUAACCACACUAGUGCAUGGCACUUUUGGAUACUUGGACCCUGAGUAUUUCCAAUCAAGCCAAUUUACAGAAAAGAGUGAUGUUUAUAGUUUCGGCGUUGUUCUUGCUGAGCUGUUAACUGGCGAAAAAGCAAUCUCUUCAACAAGGAUGCAAGAAUCCAAAAGUUUAGCGACAUAUUUCAUUCAAUCCGUGGAGGAGAACAAUUUGUUUGAUAUUCUUGAUAGUCAAGUUUUGAAGGAAGGUAAAAAAGAAGAGAUCAUUGCGGUCGCAAACCUUGCAAAAAGGUGCUUGUACUUAAACGGGAAGAAACGGCCUACGAUGAAAGAAGUCGCAAAGGAGUUGGAGAUGGUACAAAUGCCACAAAAAGCUCAUAACCUUCAACAAAACUAUGAAGAGCUUGAAUAUGAUCGAGCAGAAAUGUACGAGCCAUCGGAUGCUGAAUCCAAAUCAACAAUGUCAACCUCAUCCGGAAACGUCCAACCAUUAUUACCUUACCAAUCUGCAUGAAUCAGUAUUUGUUUGAUGCCAUUUUAUAGGCUAAAUAAUUUUCUGUUUACGUUGUAAUUUUCAAAAAUCAUCUAAGAACAUGGAUUAACCAUAUCCAAUUCUAAUGAUAGUAUAAGAUAGCAAAAAGCUCCAUGUUCAAGGAUCUAUUUUUGUUGUUGGUGAUACA